CAACGCCAGCUUGCUCAACAAGAGUUAGAUGAGAACCAACGGCAACGUUUAAUCCAAUUUGUGACAGAGAAACAUAAAAUUCAGGAGCUAAAGCCCGAAGAUUUUGAAAAGCUCAGUGAGCUUGGAAAAGGCAAUGGCGGUGUGGUGAGCAAAGUACGACAUAUACCUUCUGGUUUGAUCAUGGCUAAGAAGAAUAUUCAUCUUGAGAUAAAGCCGAAUGUCAAGACACAAAUAAUUAGAGAACUUCAGGUCUUGCAUGACUGCAAUUCGCCUUAUAUUGUCGGCUAUUUUGGCGCUUUCUUCGUCAAUGGUGAUAUUAGUCUCUGCAUGGAGUACAUGGAUGGUGGGAGUCUUGAUCUUGUUCUACGGCAUGCAGGUCGGAUACCGGAGCCAAUUGUCGCCAAAAUUCUAUACGCUGUCCUCAAAGGACUUGUUUAUUUGCGCAAAGUUCUCGACAUCAUUCAUAGAGAUGUGAAGCCCUCUAACAUCUUAGUGAAGCAAAAUGGUGAGGUGAAGUUGUGUGAUUUUGGUGUAAGCGGCCAAUUAAUAGACUCGCUGGCAAACUCAUUCGUUGGUACUCGCAGCUACAUGGCACCCGAGCGGCUAACAGGGAAACAAUAUAAUAUUCUUAGCGAUGUCUGGAGCGUUGGGCUGUCACUAGUAGAGUUAUGUACUGGGCGCUAUCCCAUUCCGGCUAUCGAAGAUGAUCGCCUCUAUCUGACUGCAUUCAGCGAGGAUCGAGCGACAAACCUGAAGCAACACUUGGAUUCUUCCACGCAAGGCUUGCCCCUGCCACCCGUGGCCGGUGGUGAGACUGUCUCAAUGGCUAUCUUUGAAUUGCUAUCAUACAUCGUUGACCAGCCACCACCUACAUUGCCGAGGUUCUGUUUCUCUGAUGACUUUGUUGACCUUGUCGAUGCUUGUCUCCGGCGCACUUCCAAUGACAGACCGUCGCUCGAGAGUUUACUAGCUCAUCCAUUCGUCCGGUCAGUGGCAGGGACAUUUCCCCAGGGUUUACUAGAUCGACGUGUCAGUUUAAAUUCAGCUGGGUCUCGAUAUGAAGCAUCAGAUAUAAUAUUAAUUGAGCCUACACCAUCCACCCCUAGCUUGGAUAUCGAAGUGAUCAAUGUUGGCCGCUACCUAUCUUCCGUGUUACCGCCGCUGGCCGGGGAAGAGUCCAACUCGACAAGUGGGUCUGCCACUGCUGUGUCGAAUAGCAGCCUCGUAGCCUCUAAUGGUGGUGUUGCUGGCCUGGCAAAUGACUGA